GAGUUCGAGUAUAAUUCCUGUAGAAAAAACAUAAGUUUUACGUCUUAUUUUGAUAAAAUUAGGAAGUAGUUACUCCUACUGUGAUUCGAAUAACAAAUUUCUAAUAGCAAAUUACAUAUUACAGGGCAGUUUAUAAUCAGCCAAUUAUUCUCAUCCGAGAAGUUAAAAAUCUGUAUUCAAAAAUGAAUUUUUCAAUUUUUCUGUCAACUCUAUUUAUCAUAAUCUCCAUUACUUUUACAAAAGCAGGUGAUUCCAACCCCCCUAUUAAUGUCAAUGGCAAGAAUGAGACUGAUAUUCCAGCUAUAGACAAUAUUACUGAUGGUGGGCGAACAGCAUAUUCAAUACCUAAGCUGCCAUUAGACGUUCAUUGCAAACCAAAUGCAAUGUGUAACAUUAAAAAAAGAAGUAGAAUGGUUGCACUGAUGCAAACGAAUUCAGUUAUUAUCUGGGAUGAAUGUACUAUGACUCAUAAACAUUCACUUGACGCAUUACAUAGACGUAUGCAAGAUUUAAACGGCAAAGACAAACUAUUUGGUGCUUCUGUCUUACCACUAUCUGAUGACUUCCGACAUGCAUUACCGGUUGUUCCUCUCUGUACGGCCACCUUCAAUAGGACCACAACCAACAAUCACAACAAGCAGUACAACCACAACCCCAAAGACAACAACCCAAACUACCACAACUACAGCAAAAACAACUACCACAACCACAACUACAAUAAAACCAGAUACCACAACCCCAAUUACACCAAAACCGACUACCCCAACCACAAGUACUACAACCACAAGUACUACAACCACAACUACUACCACUGCCGCUCCGAAUGUUACAACUACAGCGAGUCCUAUUCCGAAUCCUACUGCAAAGCCUGAGCAUAACAGGAGAUUCGACGGACCCAGUUUUAUUGGAGGAAUAGUCUUAGCGUUGGGUUUGGUUGCCAUAGGAUUUGUAGCUUUUAAAUUUUAUAAAGCUCGUAUUGAAGUUAACUAUCAUACUCUUUAACCCCAUGACAACUUAAACUUUAAUAUUUAAACGUCUUGGUUUGAUGCGCAGGUGCUGAGAAUAGGUUUAAGAACUCUUUUUUUAUUUAAUACAUCGAUAUAAGUUUAAUGAGAUUUCUCUUCUAACACUUGUUACCUGAUAUAUUCGAAUAUUAUUAAUUUCUCCAUUUUAAAUUUAUGGGAGCAAAAGAUCUUGUACUUAAAAUAUUUGAACUUACUACAAUAUAAGAAAGUUGGAGAAAACUCAUCUUUUUAACGAAUAUAGCAUCGAAUCCUGUGAGGAUUGUAAAAUAAUUGUUCCAUAAAUAAUCAGUUUUCAAAGAGUCCCUACAGUAUUAUAAUAAAAAAAAAUGUAUUGGUUUUAUAAACAGUUGACUAAGAAAAUACUCAAUAGCUGACUUAAAAUACUUUUAAUUAUAUGAUUACUGAAUCAGGGAAACAACAAUGAUUUCCUUUAAAUAUUUGCUUAAACUUGAAGUUCGUGUACAUGGAUAUGGCACAUGAAGACUUUUAGAAUCUGGAUACAUAUUCAUAUAUUGGUGACUCACAUGUAUGUAUCGAUCACUGAGGUUUUAAUAAUCUUUAAACCUAAUUUAUCUGUGAGACCGUUCCAGCUUUCGUGGCUUUUAAUAUCUUUAAACAAUGAUUUUCUAUGUUGUUGCUUGAUUGCUACAUAUUCGUCUUUUUUUGUCUUCUAAUAAUUUUCAAGUCUUAUUUUACGAUGACUCAAACUUGAAUUCUUAUUAAUAGGGGCUUCUUGGAGUUCUGAGAUAUUUCAAAUUCUGUACUUGAUGUGAUUAUUUUUCCUAGAUAUCUAUAUCUAAGUUCGUUCUGCUGCGUUAAUUAAGUAUUUUUCUCUAGAAAACGGGCUAUUCAAAGGAACUAAUUUUUUUUGUUUAUCUCAAAGAUAAAAUAAUAUUUAAAAAUAAUUCAUCUAAUAAAGGAGCUGAAUUUUUUUUAAAUUGCAUUUUUUAGGCCUUUUAAUAUGUACUUACCUUACCUUAACUAUGCCUGGACCUGUCAAUUUUCCAUUUAGAUGUUUCCGUUCUCAUACUUUCUAUUAAAAUAUUUAAAAUAAUCAAGAAACAUAUAACAAUUCAGAUAUUUCAAACCUCUGAUAAACGUCCGUUUUUGGACAGUGGCUUUUUUUUAGUCUUCCCUUCCUCCCCCUAUUUUGAGUAAUUUAAAAAUCACUCUAACCAUUUUUUCCGUGGUUAUUCUAUCCCGUUGCCUUUUUAUUUCAGAAUACAGUUAAUUUACAUAAGUUUUACCAGUUGAGGCAUAUCUUACUUUGGGUUUUCUUAGAGAGAUAUCCAGCUAUUUAUUGCUAAGUCCACUAAUCCAUUAUGCGAACACCGGUUUUCUAAUUUAAUAUACAUCAUUUUAUCCGUUUCCUUUAUUUUUUGUACUGUUCAAACAAACAUAUUUACCCUUGUUUUCAUUAUUCCGACAUUUAGUGUGAAAUGCAUUAGAGGGUUAACAAUAAUUAUAUUAAUUAGAAAUGAUGCUUGAACAAACUUAGGUCGAUAAUAUAAGAGAGCUUAAACAAAUUCCAAUUCAAAACAUGCACGAUACUUGACAUUUCAAGAUCAAUAUUGCGUUAAUUAAAUUGUACACUUUUGUAAGAUAUGAAACAUGAGUAAGAUUGUCACGAAUUUUAGAAUAGUAUAGAAAUUAAAAAAAUAAUAAUCAUAAAUUUUGGAAAAGUAUUUCUGUACAUAAAAAUAUUUCUGUACAGCGACAUUGGAAGUUUUGGUUUUAUUAUUGUUCCUAUUAUAAAAAUAUUUCUGCAAAGUCGCAAAGUGUAUUUCAUUUUUUGUUAUUAAAAAAAACUUUGAAUGUUUUGUAUAUAAAAAGAGAAUUGAAUAUUAAUCAUCUGUAUUAUUUGAUCAAAAUUUGUAAUAAAAUGUUCAUUUU